UCACGCCACGCUAGGUCGCGAAACAGUCACGUGUACCACCUGAUCCGAACGGCGCACCGCCGGCGCACGUUAGCAACUCUGGUGGCAUUUAAUUCGACUUCUCCCCCAAAUCGGAAAACCCUAGCUUUCUUCUCUGUUUCUCUGCGAAUUUCUUACUUCAAUUAACUUAGUCCAUUGAAUUAUUCUGCUGUUUAUUUCGGAGAAGACGAGAUGAUGGGAUCGGAAAAUGCCGAGGGGUUCGAAGAGGCUCAUCUCUAUGCGUCGAGGGAGGAGAUGGAGAAUCUCGUCCUCUCCGAAGAUGGUGGCACCGACGACCCUUUGACGAGAAGCGAUGCCAACGGAGAUAAGUUCUACUCUGGUUAUCGCAGCGCGAUGUCCUCUCUCUCCGACGCGCGCCAUCCCCUCUCUCUCCCGCAGAUCGUGGUGUCUCCGGCCGAUUCCGAUCCGCUUCUCACACCGCCGUCGUACGGAGAUCUCCGGGGCUCCGGUUCUAAUCUCAAAAGCGGCGACAACUCCUACAUCGAGCCUCCCUCUUACGCCGAUGUCAUCUUCAGCCCUUUCGAUGAGGGUUCCAUCAGCGAGAUCAACGGCGCCGACGACGGCAGUUUUCACAGUCAACCUUCUGACUCACUCUCGAGAUCCCCGUCUUCCUCCGGCUCAGAUUACCUCAGAAUCACUGUAUCGAACCCUCAGAAAGAGCAGGAGAACGCAAAUUCCAUCGUUCCUGGAGGAAAUACUUACAUCACCUACCUCAUUACGACCAGAACAAAUCUUCCUGAGUUUGGUGGAUCCGAGUUCAGCGUGCGAAGAAGAUUCAGGGAUGUUGUUACUUUGGCAGAUCGAUUGGCUGAGGCGUACAGAGGAUUCUUCAUCCCACCGCGGCCAGACAAGAGCGUUGUGGAGAGCCAAGUUAUGCAGAAGCAAGAAUUCGUGGAGCAGAGAAGAGUUGCUCUGGAGAAAUAUUUGCGAAGGCUUGCUGCACAUCCUGUGAUCAAGAAGAGCGACGAGUUGAAGGUGUUUCUACAGGUGCAAGGCAAGCUGCCGCUACCUACUACCACGGAUAUGGCCUCGAGGAUGUUGGAUGGUGCAGUGAAGCUGCCAAAACAGUUGUUUGGUGAAGGUGUAGUCUCUGCAGUGGCGCCACAUGAGGUGGUUCAGCCGGCCAAAGGAGGUAGGGAUUUACUGAGAUUGUUCAAAGAGCUGAAACAAUCAGUUGCCAUUGACUGGGGUGGGUCGAAACCACCCGUGGUUGAAGAAGAUAAAGAAUUUUUGGAAAAGAAAGAAAGGAUGCAGGAUCUUGAGCAACAAAUCAUCAAUGCUUCACAGCAGGCUGAAUCCCUGGUGAAGGCCCAGCAAGACAUGGGGGAGACUUUGGGGGAAAUAGGAUUAGCAUUCAUUAAGUUAACAAAGUUCGAGAACGAGGAAGCGGUUUUCGCUGCUCAAAGAGUACGUGCGGCUGAUACGAAGAAUUUGGCAACUGCAGCUGUAAAAGCAAGCAGAUUUUACCGGGAAUUGAAUUCCCAAACUGUCAAACAUUUGGACACCCUCCAUGAAUACCUUGGCUUAAUGAUGGCUGUCCAUGGUGCAUUCUCGGAUAGAUCUAGUGCCCUACUGACAGUGCAGACGCUACUAUCAGAGCUAUCUUCGUUGGAGGCAAGAGCUGAAAAGCUGGAGGCCGCAGCAUCAAAGGUAUUUGGCGGUGACAAAUCAAGGAUUCGGAAAAUAGAAGAGUUAAAAGAAACAAUCAAGGCCACCGAGGAUGCCAAAAAUGUCGCCAUCAGAGAGUACGAACGGAUCAAGGAAAACAACCGUUGUGAGAUUGAGAGAUUGGACAGCGAAAGGCGUGCAGACUUCUUGAACAUGUUGAAAGGUUUUGUGGUGAACCAGGUGGGGUACGCGGAGAAAAUAGCCAAUGUGUGGGUAAAGGUAGCGGAGGAGACCAACCAGUACGAGAGGGAGAGCAGUUGAGUUAUGCGUACGUCGUGUUCGUUUUAUGCUGGUUUCUUUUUGGUUUGUUUGUGUAAUUUCAUGUUUGAUGACUACCACUACUACUACUACUACUCUACUGCACAGGAAUCACUUUCGGAAUAAUGGCUGUCAAAAUGUAGCUCCUUCCUCUUUUAUUUAUAUAGAUUUUUUUCCAAUA